AUAACAGGGCUUUUAUGAAUGAAUACAUUAACGAACGAUUACAGUUUCAACGAUUUGCAUAACAAUGAUCUAAAUUAUCGUUUUCUUGGCUUGUUCUCUCGAAAAAGCAGUGCCAAAUUGACGACAAAAGCGAAAGUUGUACCCAUUAUCCCAGUAUCUAUAAUUAAAAACAUUUUCACUUUUACAUGAGGUAAAUAACCCGGCAUUCACAAAUCUCUCAUCCAGCCAUCUAAUAUUCUGUAUAAGCAAAUUAAUCUUUUAAGUUUGGGGGACUCCGAACCAAUUACGCAUUGGUCUCCGAAAGAUCUCAUCUCCGAUUUACUUUCACCUGCACUCAAGAUAGCCAAAUUAAAAAGUAUACCUGGCAAAUAGUUCUGUCGCAUCUGGAGCGUUGUCACGGUGCCUCGAGGCUCGAGUGCUUCAUCUUCGCGCCGCGAUGAGUGCGAUAUGAUCUCUCGGGGAUCUCUCGGUGGCCACCACAUCCACAUCAACAUCCACAUCCAUAUCUCCUCUGUGGCAGAGGCAGCAUCUCAAAACUGGUUUAGUGGCCAUUCCAACACUCCGAAUUCCAGCACAGCUGGUUCAGAAACGUUCCAUUUGCCACUCAGUUGCUUUCCAACCGACGACACCGCCGAAAUUCAAGAAGAAAGUAAUCGGAUGGAUGUGGAUGCUCGAGACCCUCGAUUGAUUAACGGUGCUGCCGCAUUGGAACAACAGGCUCUAAAAAAUCGUACCCAUGUAAAGCUCGGUUUUAAAUAGAUACACAUAGAUAGCUGCAUCUGGGCCCAAAGCCGAGGCCACGAUAUUGUAUUUGGCUGCAGUGCCGCGAGGCGUUCCAUUUUUAUUUAAACGACUGGCCGGAUAACAAAGAAAGUGAGAUCAAGUCUUCGAGAUCGUGGAUCGUCGAGUGGAAAAGAAGCUUCGCAUGUAUGCGUGGUUAAUUCGAAAGAAACUUUUUUGCUUUUGGCCGCGGAACUGACAAAUGUCAAAUACCAAUAGACCGUCGUGGAACGAAGACGAGCUUUAAAAAUGAAUCAGCGUCCGCUUAAAUUGGCCCCCAUUUUGGAGGCACUAGUUCUGAUAGUUUUCCUAACCAACCAAGUGCAGUGCGGUGAGAAUGAUAUGAGACAAGCGCGCAUAAGGCAGUUUCUGAGUGAGCCCCAGCCCCAGUCCCAUUUCAACCACAAUCGACCCCCGGGUCCCGGACUACUGCCCCGGAUAAGAUCGCGAUCGGAUAACCUGCCCAUGCUUCCUGGUAGUCCCAACAAGUUCCUGAGGUCCCCGCCUCCUGCCACCGCGCAACACAUCAUGCGCCGCGAGCAGUUUGGGAACUUUCCUCCGAACGACCAGCUCAGGAGAUACCAGUUCGAUCAGAAUCAGCAGGGCAGAUUCGCCCACGUGAAGGACGCUCCGGUGUUGGAUGUGGGCAAGAACCAGUUUCCACCCCAGUAUGUCUCCGAGCAGUACAUUCAGAACUUCAAAUCCUCGCCGCGCUUUAAUGGCAAUGUGAUCAUGAAGGACCACAAGCCAGUGUACGCACCCAUUCCACAACACGCGAUUCCCGUACAGGCCUCCCAGUACCUGCACUAUCCCAAGCUCUUCGGCCAACAGGGAUCUCCCAGUUUCAGUGUGGUGCCUUCCCAGCAAACUGCCCUCCAAAACAGCCAGUUCCCCCAGGAUCCAAAUAGCUACUCUGUCUACGAGGAUUCCGAUAUUCCCGCCAAGCAGGAUAUCAGCCAGGCGGUGAACUUUCGCCAGGCAGUGCCACCUGUAAAGGAGUCCAGGGAGGCUCAGGACUACCUGCAAUUCAUGAGCACCAACGAGUACUUCCUGCCCAAAAGGGAUCCCGACUUCAAGAAGCUGGACGCCGAGCGGGACCAGCAAACGCUUCUCCAUCAAUAUCCACAGCAAUACAGUCAACAGCAGCAGCUGUAUCAGCAGCACCAGCUGCCACAGCAGCCGCAGCAGCCGCACCACCAGCCACCGCAGCACCAGCAACCGCAGCAACAUCAAUCCCAACAGCAUCAAGCGCAGCAGCAACAUGUUCCAUAUAAAACUGCUGGCCUAGACAACUCGGUCUCCUCCAGUUACAAUGAGCCCAUACAAGUGUCCGACUUGUUCUACCAGCAAGAUCCCGCUCCUGCGAAUUCCGCUGUGGUUCGCGGCAGUUACCAAGCAGGUCAGGAUGUUUUCGUGGUCAAAUCCGACGGCAACAAAGCUGUGAAGCAUGUGGUCUCCACUCCCAUGGCGGUCCACACCACCACUCAAUCGCCGCUGAAGAGCCAGCACCUCGUCAAGAGUCACAAGAGCUUUACGCCGGAGCCCCUGCGAUUCGAGUUCACCGAACAGGAUGCCAUCAGGGGAUCCAUGAAGUACACCCAAGCUCCGCAAGCCAACCAGUACUACUACGAAACCGUGGCCCAAGUUCCCCGGGAACCCGCCAAAUCUCCUGCCCCGAAGAUCGAGCUCAGCAAGCCCAUCAAGGAAUACACCGACGACCCAGAGGACAGUGCUGACACUGAAAUUGGAAAACAGCAAGAGGAUCCGAAGGUGCCCACUGGGACGAGUCCAGCUACUCCGGAUAAUCCAAAGGACACGGAGAGCUACUGUGAGAAGAUAUGCGCAAAUGUGUACGAUGAAAACGAUGAAAUAAUAUGUGGAUCUGACGGAUAUAUGUACACGGGCGAGACCCAACUGCAGUGCUAUUCGUCAUGCCUCAAUAUAAGUGUGACGAUUAAAAGUAAAGGAUCUUGCUCAUAAACUUAAAUAAAAUAAAACACUAUUUGUUUUAAUUUAAUUUAUUCUAGCGAUUACAAAAUAUGCAAAUUUAGUAUAGUAACAAAAAAUUAUGACACUGGAAUUGGUAAAGUUUAGGGAUAUUUAAAAAGUGAUUUUGAUUUGUUAUCCAUCUAUAAAAAUAUCGUGCACUUAUAGCUUUCCUUUUUAUUAAAGUGAUAAUUUAAAAACUA